AUGACAUCCAGGGAGAAUAACACAGAAGUGACUGAAUUCAUUCUUCUAGGACUCACUGAUGCCCCAGAACUGCAGGUGCCUCUUUUCAUAGUGUUCACCCUCAUCUACCUCAUCACCCUGAUAGGUAACCUGGGCAUGGUCAUAUUGAUCCUGCUAGAUUCCCGUCUUCAUAUCCCCAUGUACUUUUUCCUUAGCAACCUCUCUCUGGUGGACUUUUGUUACUCCUCAACAGUCACACCAAAGGUGAUGGCAGGAUUUCUUAUUGGAGACAAGAUCAUCUCCUACAAUGCAUGUGCUGCCCAGAUGUUCUUUUUUGCAGUCUUUGCCACUGCGGAAAAUUUUCUUUUGGCUGCCAUGGCUUAUGACCGCUAUGCGGCAGUGUGCAAACCCUUACAUUACACCACAAUAAUGACUCCAAGUAAGUGUAUUCAUUUGGUCAUGGGAUGUUACUUUUUUGCCUUUCUGACUGCUGCUGUUCAAGUUGGAGACACUUUCUGCCUCUCUUUCUGUGUGUCCAAUGUGAUUCAUCACUUUUUCUGUGAUAUUCCAGUGGUCAUGAGUCUGACUUGUUCUGAGAAGCACAUUGUUGAGCUUGUUCUUCUUCUUAUGUCAAGCUUCAACAUCUUUUUUGCUGUUAUUGUUAUCUUCAUCUCCUACCUGUUCAUCUUCAUCAACAUUUUCAAGAUUCACUCAACUGAGGGAUACCAGAAGGCUAUAUCGACCUGUGCCUCUCACCUCAUUGCUGUUUCCAUAUUUUAUGGUACUGUUGUUGUCAUGUACUUGCAGCCCAGUUCCAGCCAUUCCAUGGAUGCAGACAAGCCUGCCUCUGUGUUCUAUACUAUGGUUAUUCCUAUGCUUAAUCCUAUUGUUUAUAGCCUGAGGAAUAAAGAGGUGAAGAAUGCAUUCAAAAAGGCGGUGGAGAAGGCUAAGUAUUCCCUAGGUUUAGCCAUUUAA